GCCAAGCUCCACAGAUGAAACUGAAAGUGUGCAGAGCGACAGCCGACCUGUAGUCCAAAUGAGUCUCUUUAUUCUCAAAAGAAAAUCUAAACUAAAGUAAGUUCAUCAGGACUUUCUCAAAAACAAAAACAACAACAAGUCUCUGUAUAACACUGUGCAUUGAUAUGGCUGCUGCCAGCGGUCGGCUGACUGAAGAUCAGUUUCGGUGCUCCACCUGUCUGGAUGUGUUCACUGAUCCAGUCGUGAUACCAUGUGGACACAACUUUUGUAAGAACUGCAUUACUAAACACUGGGAUGUCAAAAUCCCUUGCCACUGUCCUGUGUGUAAAAACGUUUUCUACGCAAGACCAGAGCUGCGUGUCAAUACUUUGAUUUCUAAUAUGGCUGCUCAGUUCAGACCAAUCAGCAACAGCAGCUUAGAAAAAAGAUGUGCUAAAACAGGAGACAUUUCCUGUGACAUCUGCACUGGAACUAAACUGAAGGCCCUGAAGUCCUGCCUUGUAUGUCAGACAUCCUAUUGUGAGACUCACCUGGAACCUCAUCUGACAGUUUUAGGGCUGAAAAGACAUCAACUGAUCGAUUCUGUGGAGAACCUGGAAGACGACAUGUGCUUGAAGCACAACAAACCGCUGGAACUGUUCUGCAAAGUGGACGAGAUGUGUGUCUGCAGGCUCUGCAUUGUUUUAGACCACAAGACACAUGAUGUUGUUCCUCUGAAAGCAGAAUAUGAAGCAAAGAAGGCUGAGCUGGGGAAGACAGAGGGCAAAAUUCAACAGAUGAUCCAGAAGAGACAACUGAAGAUUCAGGAGAUCAAAUGCUCAGUGCAGCUCAGUAAGCAAAAUGCGGACAUAGAGAUAGCUGAAGGUGUUCAGGUCUUUACUAAUUUGAUAGAGUGUGUUGAAGAAAGUCAGGCCGAUCUUAUUGAAAUAAUUAAUAAUGAACACAAAACAAUAGAAAAUCAGGCUGAAGGCUUCAUCAAAGACCUGGAACAGGAAAUCUCUGAGCUGAUCAAGAGAUGUGCUAAGCUGGAGCAGCUUUCACACUCUGAAGACCACCUCCAUCUCGUCCAAGGCUUCCCAUCCCUGAAUGAGGGUCCACCAACAAAAGACUGGACAGAGGUCUGUGUCUGUACACCGACAUAUGAGGGGACAGUGUUGAGAGCUGUGGUUCCACUUGAGAAGGUGCUCAAUAAAGAGAUAACAAAGGUCUUUGAGGUAGAGCUAAAGAGAGUCCAGCACUAUGCAGUGGAUGUAACACUUGAUCCGGAUACAACACAUCCCAAACUAAUUAUUUCUGAUGAUGUGAAACAAGUAUAUCAUGGUGAACUAAUCAAUUUCUCAGACAAUCCAAAUAGAUUUCAUCCUUGUGUGAAUGUCUUAGGACAGCAGAUUCUUUCUUCGGGAAUAAUUUACUAUGAGGUUCAAGUUAAGGGGAAGACUGACUGGGAUUUAGGAGUAGUCAGAGGGUCGAUCAACGGGAGGGGAAAAAUCAGACUGCACCCCCAGCAUGGUUAUUGGACAAUAUGUUUAAGGAAUGAAAAUGAGUACAAAGCUUGCACUGACUCUUUAGUGUGUCUCACUAUUCAUUCAAAACUGUUCAUUGUAAAGUAUAAUUAUAAUUAGUUUUUGAAAGACAAUAAAGCAAUGGAAAGGUUUGGAUGUGUAUACCAUAUUUCGUCUGCUUUAAAUGAUGAAAUAACUGACUUUGUAUUAAAGUUUUAAAAAAAUAAAACUUUGCCUUGAACAAAGAGGAAGAGUAUGAUUGAAUCCAACAUAGACAAGUCCAAUGUUCACACAGGAGGAAACAAGUUAGUGACAAAACAGUUUAGUGCAGAUUAGUCACUGCUGACUCCAAGUAUUUGUGUUCUGAUUCGAUUGGAUUGAUUUAAAUUGUAAGCAUAUUAUGAUGUACAGAAUCUUUUUAUCUUUUAAACACAAGUCAUUGGAAAAUAAGGCAUUUAAGUUAAGUUUUGUAAAUAUAUUUUAAGACACCAGAAGACUGCUAACCUCAGCUGACAGUAAAUGUAAUUAGAAAUGUAAGCUAGGGGUAGAGCUGGCAACCCAUGUAUGUAAGAAAAUGUAAUCUAGUGGUUAGCUGUGAUGGUUUCAGUAAGUCAGACGACUGAAUGGUUGAGUGUAACAACAGGACUUAGUGAUGGUAGAUAAGUGACAUUAGUAUGACUUCAAAGGCUGGAUUACUAUUAAAGUUACAUCCACUGAUCAUAGGAACUGUCAAGGCAGCAGUCGGUAAAAGAAGAUUUUUUGUGUACAAUUGUAAAAGUUAUGAGCAUAAAUGGUGAAGAUUUCGACUUAAAACCAAGCUAAACGUCUUACUUGUAUAUGCUCUGUGUAUUAUGAAGUGGUCCAUUUUGAAGAGGUUCAAACACUUGUAGUAUAAAGAAAAAAAAUACUGAAAUUACUGAGACCAAUGUUUCAGCUUUUGGCCUUCAUCAGUAGUGUUGCUGGAGAUUUUACCUUUUCAGACUGUUUACCUUCUCGAUUCACUUUGGAACUAGAUGAAGUUGUGUCAGCAAUAUCCCUAAUCUACAUCAGCUCAAUGUAUUUGGUAAUUCCUCAUUAAAAAGAGAUUAUAUCUCAAUGGAAAAAUGUUGAUUAAGAGAGAAACAAAUUGUGGAUAAAGACUAGACUGUACACCCUUCAUAGAUAUUCAUGUACACACAACCUGUUUUCAUACAGACUGAAAGAUUUACUUUUGUUCAUUUCUAUACAACAAUUUUGCUUUCAAACUAUAUAAACAAACCACUGCUCCUUCCUGCCCUGCUCCUAAUCAUGCUUUCUCUCUGAGAACAGCAUUUCACACUGCUUGCAUGUUGGUAUGUUAAUUUAAGGGACUAAGCCUGGCACCAGUGCUACAUGGGUAAAUAAUUUCAUUCCCUGUGUGGUUUGAUGCACAGAAAUGUACAACAC